UCGUCUACUACUCAAGUCAAACGCGGACCGGAAGCAGACAGGUAAACUGCCGGAAAUUCCCUUUGUUGACCAUCGGAUAUUUCUUUCUCGGCCUCUUUUUUUUUAGAACUAUUAAAUAACUGUUUUGUCUGUUUUCUGUUCUCGAUUAAUUAAUCGAAUCUCGGCGCAUCGACCACACAGACAUCACUCCUGUUGGACUGGAGGGUCUCAUAUAGAAACUAAAUCACUGUCCUAACUGUAGUCGGGCCCGAGACUGGGCUAACGUUAGCCUAGCAUUCAGUGAAGUCUUGCUAGCUAGCGUUAGCUUGUGUUAGCUGUCGCCCCAACUGGCCUAAAAGAAACUGUUUGCUCACUUAACUCAGUAAUAAGAACGGUUAAAACAACCAGCCAUGGCCGUUGUCAACGAAGGUGCCCUGAAGAAAAUGCUGAAGCAAUACAAAUACAGAGAUCUGACUGUUCGUGAGAUAACCAACGUUAUCUCCCAGUACAAGGAUUUGAAGCCAGUUAUGGAUGCUUAUGUCUUUAAUGAUGGCUCCACAAGAGACCUGAUGAGCUUGACAGGAACAGUCCCAGUGAGCUACAGAGGCAAUGUCUACAACAUCCCAGUGUGUCUGUGGUUGCUGGACACGUAUCCCUACAACCCUCCCAUAUGUUUUGUCAAACCUACCAGUGCCAUGAUGAUCAAAACUGGCAAGCACAUUGAUGCCAAUGGCAAGAUCUACCUGCCUUAUCUUCAUGAGUGGAAGCAUCCGCAGUCAGACCUGUAUGGUCUGAUUCAGGUGAUGAUUGUGGUGUUUGGAGAGGAGCCUCCUGUGUUUUCUCGUCCCACUACACAAGCCCCCUACCAACCCUUCCAAGCAGCUGGACCCCCAAACCCUUCCUACAUGCCUGGCAUGCCUACGGUGUCACCCUAUGGCCCAAAUCCUAACCCAGGAGGCUAUCCAGGAUACCAGUACCCAACGGGCAACUCUUAUCCGACCACUGCAGGCCCUGCACACUACCCAACCCAGACUCCAGUCUCCACAGUCGGUCAGAGCCGAGAUGGCACGAUUGGCGAGGACACCAUCCGCGCAUCUCUGAUUUCAGCGGUAAGUGACAAGCUUCGCUGGAGGAUGAAGGAGGAAAUGGACAGAGCUCAGGCUGAGCUGGAUGCCCUGAAGCGUACAGAGGAAGACCUGAAGAAAGGACAUCAGAAACUAGAGGAGAUGGUCUCAAGACUUGACCAGGAAGUGACUGAGGUUGACAGGAACAUCGAGCUGCUGAAGAGAAAGGACGAGGAGCUGAGUGAGGCCCUGGAGAAGAUGGAGAACCAGUCAGAGAACAACGACAUUGAUGACGUCAUUGUGCCCACCGCUCCGCUGUACAAACAGAUCCUGAACCUGUAUGCUGAGGAAAAUGCAAUUGAGGACACUAUCUUCUACCUGGGAGAGGCCCUCCGUAGGGGCGUCAUAGACCUGGAAGUUUUCCUUAAGCAUGUACGCCUUCUGUCCAGGAAGCAGUUCCAGCUUCGUGCCCUUAUGCAGAAAGCCCGCAAGACUGCCGGUCUUAGUGACCUCUACUGACCCACACCGACUAUCUGGAAGUGUUGGUAUAUUCAUUCUCUCAUCUCCCUUCUUUUUCCUUUAUUUUAUUCUCUUUUAACGUCUACAUGUAUUUCAACCACUGCUCCUUUUUUAUAUUCUCUAUAAAAUCUGUGAAAUCUAAACAGGAAAACUUAGCAAGAAUUGGACUGUCUUGUUUAGCACAGUGAUAUAUAUCCAACUGUGUGGCCACAGUUGUAGUGUGACACCAUUUGUAUUUUGAUCCGACCAAAUACUUAAGAUCAUCACGCAUCAACAUUCAUGACCCAGACAUGACACCCUUUCUUUUGUGUCCCAAUAUAAUAUUUUUAAAAAUACCGUCACCACGCUGUGAACCAGGUACUGUGGUUGACAUGAACCCUGCUUAAGACACAUGCCAUAUUUGUAAAAGAGAGUUGCGAGCCUAUUCUGUGUAUAGUGUAUGUGACAUUUCCCCUGAGUGUUUGUGGUAUAACUGGGUUGGCGAUCAGCGAGUUAUUGUGUCGACCUGCAUAUGCUGCACUGCAGGAUGGCCCACAGGUUCCGUGAGCAGUCACUUUGCCAGACAAAGUCAUUUGGCUAGUAAGCACAAAUUGCUAGGGGCUAGAAGAGAGGGGCUUUGUAGAGAGCCCCAUAUGUCCACACCCCUCCAUAAUGAAAAGGUUAGGGUCUGGUAUAAAUACCCAGGGCAACCUUUCAGGAAGAUCAGGGGUUCAGCCUCAGGAUUUAAUGCUGUAGGAGGUAUAGGUCAUGUUCGGUAGCCACGGAGUCAAAUGGAUCACUUUUCAUACAGUAGAGGUGAUGACAAAACAUGGACCUGAACUGUGUUUCUUCAUGGUCUUGUUUGGGUCUGUUAAUCAGCUAAAUUUUGAGUUCCCACCCAAUUGCCCACACUACUAUGUUUUUUCCCUGAUCUGUGUGUGUCUCUUUACGAUGGCGUGAGUGAGGUUCUUUCAUUGUGUCAGCUGCUCAGGUCUACCCUCCAGUCUGACUGCAUUAAUGAGUCAAUCAAGUACAGUAGUUGUUUUACUCUGUACACUGUCUCUAAUUAAGGUGGGUGGCAGUCUUGACAUACCUAAUUCUAUAAUGUAUUACGAAGGAAAUUCUGUAUUUUUACUUCUGUUUUCCUUUUGCUGUCCACUUAUUCUCAGUUCAGCUGAGAAGUUUAAGAUUUCAGUAAAAAGUUGUGAAUAAAGCCAGAGUGUUGGAGGGUACAAAAAAGUAAAGAAAUAUUGUACUAAUCAAAAAGUUAACUUAUGUAAAGUUUGCAAAACAGAUCUCAUUUAAAUUAGCCUUUUACUAAAUGCACUUUGAAUUGUAUGAUAGAAUAUCUGCUGUUAUUUUUUUUUCUUGUUUCCAAUUCAACCACCUGUUCUUUUAUAUCUGUAGAUUUAUGUAAAUCAGUACAAAUAAAAGA